AUGGCAGAAUACGCGAGGAAGCCCUUCAAAGAUAGCCUGAGCGACAUAAAACUAUGUAUGAGACAGAAAAAACUCCAGAAAUGGGCAAGGCUGGGUAAAAUUACCCAGUUCUCCGUCAUAAAGAGCAAAAGAGCGAACAACAGCUCCAACAAGCUGAAGAUCAUUCAAGCAAACAAUAGAGAUCUAGCUCUGUCCUUGCAGGAAGAAAAGCGCAAACUGAGAGAAGCCGAAGCUACCAUUCUUCAAUUGAGGAAAGAUUAUCACAAUUUGAAGGUUCAGAUGUUCGACUUGCAAAGAAAUUAUAGGCUCCAGCAAGAACAGGGACUUGUGGAGAAUCGACUGUCAGCCUUGAACGAGAUAAUUUUCAAAGUCUCUCAGAAUUUACUGGAUUCAAUUGAUCUGCUUGGCCCAGCAAAGGAUUUGUGUUCCAUAGAUACAAAUCCAAGAGUACUUUCUUCAGGUCCUGGAAACAGCUGCAGUGUCACAGGACCAAUAUAUUCAGUAGCAUCUCUAGAAUGUGCACAUGGAGAAGGUCCUGUACUUGCAAGUGGGACAGAGGCUGAUAGCAAUAAAAACGAGUUGACUCAUUCUUUGUCAAAGAUCUCUGUGGAAUCUGACUGUGACAUUUCCUUAACUGAAAUAAUUCAAAACGAAGGACAGACAUCUGAUUUUCAUCUGGACAACAUAGCAUCAGAGCUGGAAAUUUUUCCUUCAAGUGCAAAGUAUGGGCUUGGUAAAGUGUUACCAAAACAUGUGACUACUAGACACCGCUUUUCUAAAAUGAGAAACCGUGAUGUAAUUAGCACUGGUGUCUUAGACCAUUCAGAAGCACCUGAUUCAAUAAAAGAGCUUUCUGAACAGAAUGAAAUUAGGCUUGAGGAAAGUCUAGAGAAGUGUGCUACAGAAAAUGUAAAUGCAGCUGUUUCUCAGUUGAAUGUCAACAAGGGAGAUUCAGAGCUGGUGUUGAGGCAGAGAGAUUCUCAAACUGCACAGAUCAACUUAAACGAUACUUCUGAUCUUAAACAACCUGAGUGUAAAUGUAGAGAAGACUCUCAACAAACAAAAGAUAAGCACCAGAAGGGAAAACUGGAACGGCCUAAAAAUACUUCCCAACAAGGACCAGGAAAACAGGGUAAAGGGGUUUCCAAAAAAAAGUCAAAGUUCUUCGGUGGUGUCUGUGAUGCGUAUGACUUUCAGUUGGGAGAACGUGUCCAUCUUACACCUUUUCGACAAAAGGCGAAUGGCACAGAUACUGAUACAGUUGACAAAGAAGACUUGGCUGAGUCUAAUAGCACCGAGCCGAGCGAUAGUGAAGAUGAUUCAGAUGACAGCCUCUAUGAGCCUUACAAGAGCAAAUCGAAGAGAAGGAAAAGUUCACCAGACAACAAUGCUACAUCACCAAUCCAUGCAAGGCCAAGGUCUAAAAGACGUUUGGCACAGCAUGAGCAGCAACUUCGUCAUGAAGAAGAGACUGAAAACAACGAAUCAAGUGACAAGUCUAUUAGCCAGCCUUCUGAGCCAUCUCGUGGGCAUCUCUGUGACGUUACCAAUACUGCUGCAUUGCUCCCCAGUGCUGGAAUUGUCCCAGAAGGUGGAGGACUAGGUUCUCCAAAACGCAAGAGAAGCUGUGCUUCUGCUGUGAGCUAUAAAGAACCAAGUCUUGCAGGGAAGCUCAGGAGAGGAGAUCCAUUUACCGAUACAAAUUUCCUGCAUUCUCCAAUUUUCAAACAGAAAAAAGAUGAUAAACGCCAUUCUCUUAAGAAAAAGAAUCUCUGA